UGGUUAUAAGAGGAGAUGUGUAUGUGAGCGUGUGUAUAUGAGCUCUGACACCAGUGGUGGUACCAUACCCUUUAACAGCAGCAGAAGCGGCAGCUGAGGAACAAUGGUUAGGCACAUGUUCUCUAAUGUCCUACUCCUCUGGUCACUCAGCUAUGACAUUUAUAUAACUGGACUGACAUUUGAUUAUCCAAAGGAGCAGUCCUGGAACAACCAGAACCUCUAUUUUGUCCCUCAGGAUUUAGAUGUAAGGCUUAGAAGACUAGACCUGUCCAAUAACUUCAUCAGACAGUUGCACACAGUUGUUUUGCCAUACUUGCAGCAGCUGGACCUAAGCUCCAACCAGCUGGAUCUCAUCUCUGAGGGGGCUUUUGAAAACCUGGCUCAGCUUGAAGAAUUGAAUUUGUCCAGAAAUGCGCUGGACAACAACCUUGGCAGCAACAGCAAAGCUCUCCAAUCCAUUGGUAGACUGAAGAGCUUGGACAUAUCAAUGAAUGGCUUGAGUGAUUACUCAGCGGCGAUGUACCUUCGAAACAAAUCUUCUCUUAAUCAACUUAAGAUGACGGGUAACGCUUUAACACGACUUUCGCACAGCUUGUUCAAAGAGAGUAAAGGUUUGAGGGCCAUUACUAUGGAGAACAAUCUGAUAUCAGUGAUAGAAGAGGGGACAUUUGAACCAUUGAGCCAAUUAGAGAUGCUGAACUUGGCCAAAAAUAACAUUGCACAAAUCUGUGAUUUUACAUUACAUCAACUUAAAUACCUGAAUCUUAGUCGAAAUUCAGUGGAGUUUUUUGUGUCGCGUGAAAAUGACCUGCUGUAUAGUCUUGAAGUUCUUGAUUUGAGUUUCAACAAACUCCUUUAUUUCCCAAUUGUUCCAAAGAUGAACCAGCUGAAGCACCUUCAUCUGCAGAAUAACAUGCUUGGCGCUUUGAAUGUAGAAGCUGCAAUGGUAUCAGAAGUAAAUUAUCUUUAUCAUGAGAUUAUGAAUGAGAAAAUAGUUACAAAAAAUACCCUGCACUCAAACUGGAGGCUAAUGCCACUAGUUUAUAUGGACCUGAGCAACAACCACUUCAGGUCUUUCCCACUGGAGACUUUGAGCCGUCUCACAUUUUUGGAAACACUGAAUUUCAGUUACAACUGUCUGCAAAGCAUCAUCUGGAACGUGAGGCAGUACAGUGAUAGAGCAUACCAUCGGCAGAUUUUCUUUCCCUCCUUAAAGCACCUCAACCUGCAGAGCAAUGGCCUUGCAUACGUUUCCCCGCUCUUUCUUAAAGCACUCACACAAAUAGAAACGUUCAAUUUACAAGACAAUUCAGUGCAGCCCUGUGCUCAUACGGACCAUUUAAGAAGCUCGGAAUCAACACAGCAAAUUCACCUCAAUGGGUCCUGCGUUGCCUUCCAGACGCUCAGUACUCUGAAACACCUAAAUCUUAAGGGAAACAAUAUCAAAAUGCUCAAUGCUAAUGCAUUUCAGGAAACCUCUUUGGUUUCCCUCAAUCUUGCAAGAAAUGCACACAUGGUGAUGCACGUGAGUGCACUGGAUGGUGUGCAGGAAACCCUGCAGUCCUUGAUUAUCAGUGAAACAAACAUGACCAGCUCAGAUCUGUCUCUACCCUGCAUGCCAGCAUUAACUCAUCUGAACAUGUCAAACAAUCGCCUUGAUAGCAUACCCAGUUCAGGCUGCUCCCCUCUGAGGGAAAUCGACAUACGGAACAAUCGUUUAGUGUCUUUAAACAAUUCUUUCAUUAGUGCUAUAUCUGCACACCUUCGUGUCAUGUUCAUCAGUGGAAAUUACUUCAACUGCUGUGACAGCAAGUGGCUGACAACUCUAGACGAGUUGAAAGUAAGACUGCCUGAUAUGAGUGGCACUGAAUGCUUUUCGGGUGAUAGUAGAGUCAACAUGACAGCGUAUCUGAGAAGCUCUUCAUCUUAUUGUCUGUUUCAUAACAAAUCACAGGCACGUCGCUCCUGGCAAAUGUUUAUUGUUGUUUUAUUUGUAUUUGUAAUACUAACUUUCUUGAUUAUAUUUACCAGGAAACUGUGUUGCACACAAAUACCAUUUGUAGUGUGAUUGCGAGUUUAUUUUGUGCACUGAUAAACAUACUGCAUGUGAGAAACGGCAGAGCAGACCAUAGCAACUGGAGCACAAGUCCUGUGAGUUUGCCUUUGCAUGACGCAUUUACAGAAGUGCAGCUUAAUGGCUGUUUAGGUUGUAAAAACAAACAGACUUUCAGUUAAGUAAAGCUGUAAUGACUUCAUAAUGGGACACAUGCAUCUUCUCACAUUUUUCAAAGCCUUCUCUUGUGACUCCACUUCCCAUUACUUGUUUGUCAGACAUGUAUCCCACCGUGUGACCUGCGUAGCGAAUUGUCGUGAUUGAAACUGGCUUUAUUGACUCCCAAGCUGUUUGGUUGCAGCUCGUGCCAAAUCACUAAUCACCCGGGGAACUUUUAGCCCAUCCACCAUUGGAAAUUGUUUGUUUGCAGCCAAAAGUUUAACCUUGACUCAAAUUUCUAUGACGUCUGCAAAAUCUUGCUCAACAUUCCCAGAAUCAGUGUUGACCACCACAAACGCUCACUUUAACGUCAAUAACAAACCUCGUAGGAGUCUCUGUAUAAACAUAUGUAUAUAUAUUCUUAAAUACAUUAAUUUUAUUUGACAGUGUGCAUAUACAAGAUCCACCUUAUGCUAUUUGCAACUGUGUUGUGUUCUGUAAUCUGUAUCAUUUAUGUGGCUCUGAAAUUGUCAAAAA